GCGCAGCAUGUGACUAGCAUUUCUCUGCUGUCACCUCUCAGGAAUAGAGGUGAAAUCAAGGGAAAGGGAAGCAGUGUACUCUUGAGGCCUGGGGCAUAGGGCCCUGAAAACAUGUGGCUUGCUGCUUUGGAUACUCCUGGAGUUGGAGCUAGGAUGAUUGUCAGUGAUAGACAUGUUCCAUUCCUUCUCUAGGGUAGAUCCCACCAUAUAAGCUCAUCAUAAUACAGUCUCAUUUGCUCCUUUGCCAGGAGGGAGGCAGUGCGGGUUGUCAGAGGACAUCCAGUGUACAUAUGAGGAAAUGGAAGCUGGGAGUAGCAGACUCGUUUGAGAUCUCCUAGCAGCAGAGGCGGCAGCUGAAAAUCAUCUCAGGUUACUGUCCACAGUGGCCCAAGCGGUGAAAGGACAAGGCACCAUCUGCUGGGUGGACUGUGGUGAUGCAGAGAGUAGGAAAUUGUGCAAGAAGAUGAAAGUUGACCUGAGCCCGAAGGACAAAAAGGUCGAAUUAUUCCAUUACCAGGAUGGUGCAUUUCAUACUGAAUAUAACCGAGCUGUGACAUUUAAGUCCAUAGUGGCUUUUUUGAAGGAUCCAAAAGGGCCCCCACUGUGGGAGGAAGAUCCUGGAGCCAAAGAUGUUGUCCACCUUGACAGUGAAAAGGACUUCAGACGGCUCCUGAAGAAGGAAGAGAAACCGCUCCUCAUCAUGUUUUAUGCCCCCUGGUGCAGCAUGUGCAAGAGGAUGAUGCCGCAUUUCCAGAAGGCUGCAACUCAGCUGCGAGGCCACGCCGUGCUGGCCGGGAUGAAUGUCUACUCCUCUGAAUUUGAAAACAUCAAGGAGGAGUACAGCGUGCGCGGCUUCCCCACCAUCUGCUAUUUUGAGAAAGGACGGUUCUUGUUCCAGUAUGACAACUAUGGGUCCACGGCCGAGGACAUCCUGGAGUGGCUGAAGAAUCCGCAGCCGCCACAGCCCCAGGUCCCUGAGACACCCUGGGCAGAUGAGGGCGGCUCCGUUUAUCACCUGACCGAUGAAGACUUUGACCAGUUUGUGAAGGAACACUCCUCUGUCCUCGUCAUGUUCCACGCCCCAUGGUGUGGCCACUGUAAGAAAAUGAAGCCAGAGUUUGAGAAGGCAGCAGAAGCCCUCCAUGGAGAAGCAGAUAGCUCUGGUGUCCUUGCAGCUGUCGAUGCCACUGUCAACAAGGCCCUGGCAGAAAGAUUCCACAUCUCAGAGUUUCCUACAUUGAAGUAUUUUAAGAAUGGAGAGAAAUAUGCAGUGCCCGUGCUCAGGACAAAGAAGAAGUUUCUCGAGUGGAUGCAAAACCCUGAGGCCCCCCCACCGCCAGAGCCCACGUGGGAAGAGCAGCAGACAAGCGUGUUGCACCUGGUGGGGGACAACUUCCGGGAGACCCUGAAGAAGAAGAAACACACCUUGGUCAUGUUCUACGCCCCUUGGUGCCCACACUGUAAGAAGGUCAUUCCACACUUCACUGCUGCUGCUGAUGCCUUCAAAGAUGACCGAAAGAUCGCCUGUGCCGCUGUUGACUGUGUCAAAGACAAGAACCAAGACCUGUGCCAGCAGGAGGCUGUCAAGGGCUACCCCACUUUCCACUACUACCACUAUGGGAAGUUCACAGAAAAGUAUGACAGCGACCGCACAGAAUUGGGAUUUACCAAUUAUAUUCGAGCCCUCCGGGAGGGAGACCAUGAAAGACUAGGGAAAAAGAAGGAAGAGUUAUAAUUCCUGCCUCAGAAAAAGCUUUUCCAUUACACUGUGAAUGAUACCUGUUUUGUUGUUUCUGAAUUUCCACAUGUUCUGAAGACAAAGUUUUUUAUAGCCGCUUAUGGCCAUUUUGUACAAUUUUGAAAUAAAAUUAAACCAUUUA